UUCUUCUCGCGAUGAUCAUCAAACCAAGACCAAGCAAGCGAGGAAACAAGAAAACGAAAGCUAAGUUUAGCUCGGAAGAUAGAAAUCACGCGCCUCUUCUGAUCUAACGAUAUCUAUUCUUUUUUAAAACUCAACCCUUUCUAACCUAACAACCAGCUUUCUCGUUUUUUCUUCUUUCGCGGACGGAGAGGUUUUCUUUGCGUUUGCAUUUUGGUUCUAGUCAUGGCCGUUCAAGCUCAGUGUCUCGGGCGUCCUGGCCUUUAUUCUUGCGUUCCACAGGAUUGGAUGGAUGCUAACAGUGGGUUUUACGACGUCUGUUUCAAUCUCCAGCAACAGCAGCAGCAACAACAUAAAAAUCAGAAUCUGGGUUUUGAUAAUAGUCCGGUGGUCUGUCAUUCAGUGGCAUUUCCUCAAUCUUUACCCUGUCAGAUUGAGGAAGACAGAGACGACAUAGAUCGUUUUAUCGAGUUACAGAAUGAGAGGCUGAGAUCAGCUCUGCAAGAGCAAACAAAGCAACAACUGGCGAUCCUUCUCAGCAGAAUCGAAUCAAAAACGAUAAGUUUAAUGAGACAGAAGGAUGAGGACAUAGCAAAAGCGGCAAAGAAAACAGUGGAGUUGGAAGGUUGCCUGAAGAGAGUAGAGAUGGAAAAUCAAGCAUGGCAGAGAAUCGCCAAAGAAAAAGAGGCCAUGGUUAUAACCCUCACCAAAACGCUUCAACAGGUAAGGGAGAACGUCUGCUGGUUUUCCUCCGGAACCGAAGAUGCAGAUUCUUGCUGCGAUUUCUCUUACGCAUUCAACAACAACAGAGGAGGUGCAGCAGGAGGGUACAGAGAUGAAGAGACAGGACAAGCCAUGUCCAGGACUGAAGAGGAAGAACAAACGAAAAAGAUGACUUGCAAGGCCUGUAACUCUCGAGGGUCGUGCGUUCUUUUCCUUCCCUGCAGGCAUCUCUGUUCGUGCAAGUCUUGCGAAGUCUUCCUCGAUUGUUGCCCUGUCUGUAAAUCUCCAAAGAAGGCAAGCAUAGAGGUCUUCUUGUCCUGAGUCCUGACGGAGCUGAA